AACUUGGCACAUGAGUCAUGACAUGAUUGCAACAUAACAUGAUUGCAACAUGAUUGGCAUCCUGUCAUAACUUAGAUGCCAAUACCAAGCCAGGUACGGAGCUGUGAUCGGACGAUUGGGAUUAGAAUUUACUGCAACAACUUGAACAACAAGUCUGCCUUCAUCAUCCAUGGUCUCUGAAUAUUCCAGAUAUUGGGAAAUCAAGUUGGAAUCAACUUCAACUUGCCUCGUUGCCGGACCAAGAUGGCAGCAGCCGGGAGUUCUGAUACAACUGAUCGUGUAAAGACAUCUCUCUCUAGCUUUGUGACUUGCCAUAUUCCUGAAGCUUCUUUAGAGGGUAUUGAUGACAUCGUACUCUCCUAUAUGCUGGGUGUCUUCGAAGAUCUUGGUAGUGAUGAUGGAUUUGAGGUUGAGGGCUUCGUAGAGAUGAUGCAGGCAUACAUUCCUGGGUUUGAGGAUGUCAGUAGUGACACCAUAUGUGAAUGGGUUUUCGAGCUGGCAGAUGAGCUCUCAAAGUCCAAAGAAAGAGAAAACAAACCUGAUAUUGUGUUUCCUGAGGUGAGCCUGCCCUCGCAUGCUGGAGCUUCAAGUAGGAUGGCCCUAUCAGAGGUCAGCGGAGGUCAGGGUCCUGAUAAACAAGAGUUCGGGGAGAGUGAGGAAGAUGACGAUGCUCAAGUUAAGCAGCUCCUUGAAAUGUUCCCUGCAUCCUGCUCCCUGGAGGCUUGUCGUUGCCUAGUAACAGCCAAAGGCCGGUUGGAGGAUGCGGUUCAUCUCAUGCUUCUUGAGAUGGAGAGGGCAGAGAAUGCUCCCACAGAGACGAAGGAUGAGUGUACCAUGAAGAAGGCCAGUCACGUUGACAAACAGGUUAAGGAUUCAAUCCUCCAGAAAUAUGGCUACGUAGACGUCAAGGACGACUCCGUUACCCACAAACCUGUGGCUCCAAAACAGGAAAAGAAAAAGAUGGUGAGAUACUUGAACAACCAAGUCUGUUCAACGAAAGGAGAGAGGUUUAUUCAGAUUAAGAAACCAAUGACGGAAGAGAUGAAGAAAACGUUCAUUAAUCUCAAGCCUGCACGUAGCUACCAUUUUCACUAGUGCUUGUUCAUACUCUCCCAAAAGAGCGAUUUGACAAACGUUUUGCCUAUGUCUGGAAUGUUUGUGAUAAGGGGUUCCAGCCAUCUUCUAUUAAAGGUAAUGUAUCCCUUGCAGCCACUAUCAAAUUUUGUAGAACUGUGCAUGAAUUAUGAAUAUGUCACUUAUGUCAUGUUUGUGAAAUUGAAAUAUUUGCAGUGUCCUGGUAUUCAAAUCAUGAAAGUAAACCUGUUUACUUUUUAGACUUGACUUGUGAGACACUAUUGAGUGGCUGACUGACUGUAAUUCAAUCAUGUAUCAUUAAAACGAGUUGACAAUUUAUGAU